AUGGCGUACUCCACGGUGCAGAGGGUGGCCCUGGCCUCGGGACUCGUCCUGGCUGUGUCGCUGCUGCUGCCCAAGGCCUUCCUGUCCCGUGGAAAGCGGCAGGAGCCGCCGCCGGCGCCCGAAGGGAAGUUGGGUCGAUUUCCACCUGUGAUGCAUCAGCAGCAGGCACCCUCAGAUGGCCAGACCCCUGGGGCUCGUUUCCAGAGGUCUCACCUUGCAGAAGCCUUUGCAAAGGCCAAGGGAUCAGGCGGAGGUGCUGGAGGAGGAAGUGGUGGAAGAGGCCUGAUGGGGCAAAUUAUUCCCAUCUAUGGUUUUGGAAUUUUUUUAUAUAUACUGUACAUUCUGUUUAAGCUCUCAAGGGGGAAGAGCACUCCAGAGGAUCGGACGUGCCCUACUGCCGCCCCUGGAAGUACCCACAGGAAAAUUACCAAUUUUGAGCUUGUUCAACUGCAAGAAAAACUGAAGGAAACAGAGGAAGCCAUGGAAAAAUUAAUCAACAGAGUGGGGCCUAAUGGUGAGAGAGCACAGACUGUGACUUCUGACCAAGAAAAACGAUUGCUGCAUCAGCUCCGAGAAAUCACCAGGGUCAUGAAAGAAGGGAAAUUCAUUGAUAGAUCCACUCCAGAGAAAGAAGCUGAGGAGGCCCCUUAUAUGGAGGACUGGGAAGGUUAUCCCGAAGAGACUUAUCCAAUUUAUGACCUUUCAGAUUGCAUCAAACAUAGGCAAGAAACCAUCCUGGUGGAUUACCCUGACUCAAAAGAGCCCUCUGCUGAAGAAAUGGCUGAAAGAAUGGGAGUGCUAGAAGAGGAAGUAUCAGACCGUGUGGGUUGGGCAAUGCCUACUGAGCCUAGAGCUCAGGAAGAUAAUUCUGUUACCUCAUGUGACCUAGAGCCAGAACCAUGUUCCUGCUGGUCUCCUGAAGAAGAGGAUCCCGCCGUCUUGGCAGAGAAUGCUGGAUUUGGUGCAAACAGUUACAGUGAGCAGGAGGAAACCACCAGUGAAGUGUGGCCCUAUGACUUGAGAGAUGCAGUGUCAGGCAUCAGUGCAGAUAAAGCAGAUCCAGUUGGCAUGCUGAGGAAGCGGCAUCCCCAGGGUUUAGAGUGAGAAAACAGUCAGUCUAGGACCAUUACUGUAGUCCCAAGGUGACCUUUCUCUCUCUGAUUUCAUCCUUGGCCCUGUGCCCUGUACUUCAUUCUCCGUGUUUAAGUAUCAUAGCCAAUCAGGCCACUACCAUGGAUAUCAUGUAUCCUUCCUGGUGCUUGCACACCUGUCACCUUAUAAAACAUCAUAGAAAUUAGUAUGAACACAAGACAGCCUCCCUUUUUCUCUUCCUCCUUUGCUCCAUCAGAGAUUUGAUCCACUGAGUAAUUUUUGAUCUAUCAUAAUUACAGAUGGGACCACUCAGGGCAGAGGUCUGACUCUCUGUGUUAGAAGUAGCAGAUGGUUUACCUGUGACGAACAUCAAAUUACACAUGAUGAGGACUUAAGGUUGCAAGAGUGAAGAUUUGAGUCCAAGGUGCCUUAUUCGUUGGGCCUUGAGCAGGUUAGUGAUCUGCUGGGUUUAAGAAGGAGAACAUUUUGUUUGUGGGGAUGGUAGGGCCAGAGCAGGGACGCUUGCCUGAGCUGAAGCCACUUACAGCGAGGGCCUCUUGAGGAGCCUGUUACAGUGAGGGCCUUUUGCAGAGCCCCAAGGCUGCCUCAAACCUCCACUUUUCUCCAGCAUAGAAGACUCCCAUUGACCUGAGAAUGAGCCUAGAGGCUUGCUGGUAAUAGUAGUAGUAGUGUUAGUCACUCAGUUGUGUCUGACUCUCUGUGACCCCAUGGACUAUAGCCUGCCAGGCUCCUCUGUCCAUAGAAUUCUCCAGGCAAGAAUACUGGAGUGGGUGGCCAUAUCCUUCUACAGGGACAGGCUUGCCAGGAAACAGUUUUUCUCUAAUAAUGCCUGGAUCUCUAGCUUCCUUUAUCCUUGUUCUGCUUAACAGAACUGCCCAGUGUAGAAGCACCUUCACACCUCUGGUCUUCUGUGGCCAGAGGAAGCUUGAGAUAGAGACUUUAGUCCUUGCCCUGUGGAGCCAAGGUUUGAAGCUUCAGGAAAGGCUGCUGAAGGGUGGAGGUCCUGCCAUGAGAUGCCCACAAGGCCAAGGAGCGGCUGACGGAGAGUAAACCCAUGUACUGACAGGCACUCCUUGCUUAAAUGCUGUUUCUGAAUGUUGUGUCCUCUGGGGAAUUUGUUCUUACAACAAAUUAAAACAGAAAUGAGGAGG